UAUUUGAUUAAAAUUAAUAUUUUUAAAAGUUAAAAAUGUAACAUUCGUUAUCUCCUAAACUCCUGUAUCUCCCAAGAUACAGGGACGCGCUUUUACCACAAUAUAGUCCUAUAUCAACCCUAUUCUUACCAUAAAGCUCGACUCUCAAUUCCUAGUAGAAAAAAUAUCUUUUGAUUCAACCAAUCAGACGUGAAUGUCGGGUCACCAGACGGUGUUAUAUUUUUCGGAGUCAUGUAUUGAGUCGGAGUUAGCAGUCUAGUUGUACUAUAAACGUCUGUGGAAAAACCUCACCCAGUGCUGUGAGAUUCAGAGAAUUUCCCACGUUACAGCGCGUGCCUGAAACGACGUAGAGCUACAUAACUGUCAAAACCCACUGACAGUUUAAAGUGCAUGACAAAGGAUCCAUGGAUAAUACUUUUUAUUCUCCCUACAAUUCCUUCAUAUUUUCUUUAAGACGAGGGAUCUUACGGCCGUAUUAGACUAUAGAUUGAAAAUUACAAGUGGGCCAACUUAAAUAACCAAGAUUUAGAUUACCUGAUUUACCCGAUUGCAAUUUUCAAUCCAUAGUAUCAUCACCAUAUCGUUAAAAUACCUUUAAAUUAAUACGGUACUGAGACUCCCACAGCGUUUGCUCAAUGCGCAUGCCUGGAAAUUCUCUGGAUCUCGUAGCACUGACCUCACCAAUAUUGCUCCAUUGUUCUUCCUUGAGAGUAUAGAAGCAAUGUUCGCUGAAAUUUAGAAGUUAUACUCUAACCUGAAGAGUACUGUAGAUCGUGAUGCGAAAGCUAAUCUCGAUCUAAAAUAUAAAGAACAAUAUUUAUCAUCCGCAUGAGGUAUAAAUACUACAUACAUAACCUCAAUAUUUUAUAAGAUUACAAAAUCUUAAAAAGCAACCAAAAAUUAUCUAAAUACAUAGGUGCUUGCUGUAUACUUUUCUUUAUAUGCGAUAUUUGUUGUUAAAUUAUAAUUUUUACUAGAUUGCAACAAUAUAUCUUUGGUUUAAGUUCAAAGAAAAAUUUCAAAGGAAAAUUUGCAAUUGCCAGUAAUCUUGAAAACAAUGGAUUAUGAAAAAUAUUACAAAUUAAUGCCAGAUGGUACAUAUUGUAUACAUUUCCCAAAUAAGAAAGGAUUCAGUGAAGAAAAAAUACGUGAAAUAUUUUCACUUUAUGGGAAUAUUUUAAGUGUAUAUUGGAGGGGAGAUAUUAAUGGACUUAUAUUCAUAAGAUAUCAAACAUUGAAGGAAGUCUUAAGUUCUUUGCAAAAUUUAGAAGAAAGUGAUGAUAUACGGAUAUUACCACAGAAGAAUAAAAUCAACAAGCAAAACAUUCAGAAUAAUUCAAAUGAAUGGCAAGCAAGAAGAAUGGAUUCACCAAAGAAUUUAUCACCAAAGCUAUCUAGUAACAAUGACAACAUACAUAGGAACAAACUAUAUUCGAAUUUCACCAGCAAUUAUAAAACAUUUGCAUGUGAGGAGAAGCCAAUUUGCAAUAGAAGUAAUUCUAAUUGCAGUAACAAACCUGACUAUGCUAGCAACAUUUCAAAUGAUAGUUCUCCAAAACUAAAUAGUGUGUAUAAUGUGAAUGCAGUUAAACCUGGUACACUUACUGUAUCGAUAUUAAAUGAUAAAUAUUUGCAAUGUUCAAAACAACAGAACUAUAAGGAACCUUAUGAUAAUCAAGUAACAAAGCACAAAAAGACCAAAUCUUAUGAGCCAUCAAAACCUGAAACAAAUGCUGAUGUAUAUAAAGAUACAUUUGAUAAUAGCAGAAUUCCAUCAUUAGUUUCUGAUCCAGAAGUAAAGCCAAACAUAUCAGAUACAAAGUUUGAUCAUUCAUUAGGGCUAGUUUGGAAUGAGAACACUUUGACCAAAUCUAAAUAUGUAAUGCAAGAAGUCAUAGUUGCUAAUAUUCACGCGGAUUAUGGUGUACAUUAUGUUCUGCAUUUAUUUGAAAAAUGUAGCCCAGUUUCAGCAACAUUUGUAAAGACUAUUUUAAAAACUGACAUACGAUAUUGUCUUGUUUAUUUUAUUAAUAUAGAUGAUGCUUUAGCUAUUGAGAAAAAAUUUGACAAAUAUGAAUUGUCUGGAAAAAAUCUUAUUGUAUUGCGAACAUCUCAAUUGAAUAAAGCUAUUUGCAAAUAG